CUUCCCAUCCCGGGCUGGCGACUGUUUCUGGAAUCUAGCCUCAUCGGACGAGCGCACGCCUUGCCGUGCUGGGGAUAAAGGAUUAGACGGUCUGAUGGAUGGGACUUGUGGUGAUUGGGCACUUUCAGUUUUUCAAAACGGAAGAAAACGAAAACGAGAGGACAAUAAAGUUGUCACUAACACCCAGAAUAAGAGCACACCAAGGAUUAAUGACUUGCCUGAUGAGCUGCUUGUUGAUAUAAUAUCCCGCCUAAAACUCAAGGAUGCUGGUAGGACUAGUGCUCUCUCGCGUAGAUGGAGAUAUUUGUGGACACUUGUAUCCGGGAGUUUGAAAUUUGAUGCUUGGGAUAGGGACACUUACAGAGGGAUGGAUAAGAGGAAAGAAAUGGGAGGUUGGGUCAAUCGUGUGUUGGAAUUGCACAAGGCUCCUAGAGUAGAUAGCUUUAUCGUGUGUACUCGGGGGCAUUGGGGGUUUGAAGAUGGUGAUGCCGAUAGGUGGACACGGUUUGCCCUGCGAAAGCAAGUAAAAGUGUUUGAAUUGAGUUUGGCAAGGCAGAGGCGUAGUUGUAAAUACAAGUUUCCUAGCAUGGAGAAGCUGUUAUUAUUGGAGCCCAAGUGUUCAUUUGUUAGCCUAAGAUCCCUCAAGUUGGUGCAUGUAAAUGUUGAGGAUGACAUGGUUCAUUAUUUAUUGGCAUCUUGUCCGGAUCUUGAGACCUUGUGGAUCAAGGACUCAGAUUGUACGAAGAAUCUCCGAGUUGUUGCACCAAAGUUGAAACAAUUGAAACUAUGGUGCGGGCAGAUCCAAAGGGUUGAGAUCUCUGCACCGAGUCUUGUAUCAUUUUCAUAUUCGGGACAUAAUGUAGAAACGCCUUAUUUGUUGAAAAGAGUUGCGAAUCUCACUGCGCUACAUCUGAGGGGUGGAGCUUCGUUCCCCUUUAUUUAUCAAGCUAAGAAACACUCAAGUUAUUCGGUUCAGUUGACAGAGCUGAACCUGGGUCUUCUUCUCACGCCCAUUACACUGCCCUUUCAAAUAGCCAUUCCCCAAGAUUUGCCUCAGUUAUGUUCACUGGAGAAGCUGACUGUGAGAAGCACUACACCAGCUGAGCGAAGUCUUCUCUUCUUCACUUUAUUGAUCAAGGCCUCUCCUCGCUUACGCGAAUUCACAAUCACGGUAAAUGAUCUUUGCCUCCCCCCCCCUUUCUCGCCCACACACAAACAUAUAUACACACACAAAGUAUUAGCAAGUCUAAAAUGACACCAUUGCUACUUGUGUCAUUUACUUACACUAAUUUAUUCCCGGCACCUACGGUGUCAUUUGCUUACACUAGUAGAAGAUUACAACUAGUAGUAUUUAUUUAAAAUUAAGCAGCGCCAUAAUGGUGUUUAUGUGUUUGCUGGGAAACAUACCAUUGUUGGAUACAAAAAGAGCGCUUCAAUGUUGAGCUUAACUUCACUGUCUAAUGUUGUCACAGAUGAAUUAUGAAUGGGAUGACUAUGAGGUAUU